AUGUCGAGACUGUCGCCUUUCAUUAUUGCUGUCCUAUUCCUCCUCAUCGGCCGCGUAACAUCUCUUACCAUCCGAGAUUCCGGAAGUCAAGACCCAAAGAUCUAUCGGGAAUCUAACAAGUACAAAUACUAUGGCUGCUACAACGAGACGACCGAUAUCAAAGACUCUGCCGAGGAACGUGCCCUCACCGGUGGUACCCAUCUUGUCAAGGCGGGCAAGAUGACGGUUCCUAUGUGUCUCGAAUUUUGCACUUUCAAUGGCACCGAGUAUGCAUUUGCUGGACUUGAAUGGUCACGGGAAUGCUGGUGCGCCCCGUAUCUAUCUGCCCUCUCAGAGAAGCUUCACGACGAUAACUGCACAAAUCCAUGCGAGGGAAACUCUUCUCAAGUCUGUGGUGGUCCAUUAAAGUUGAGCAUAUACGAGUUGUCAAAAGGGGGUGAUGCACCAGACUCGGCAGCCAUAACAAGGACACCAUGGCCAUUGUUACUCACUGCUGUGUUGGCUGCAUGGUUCCUUUAA